AUGCUUGAUUAUACACAAGAAGCAUGCUGGUCACCGACAUUACCACCAUCAUCAUCAAGAAUACAUUUAUCUAUAAGUGUUGCAAGUCAUUUAUUCGUUUCUGAAGGAAUACAUUUAUAUGAAAGUGGUCUUAUAUUAGUUUUAUUAAUUGAACAAUUUCUUCCAUUACCAUUAAAUAAACAACUAUUACCUAAAUAUUUACCAUUAAUUUUAUAA